AUGUUCAAGGGUCUGACCAAGGAUCUCACGGGCACUGCAGAUAUCUGCAACACCGCCAAGGACUUCAGCAAGUUGCAUGCCAACUCGUAUCUGUUGCCGGGUGAAGACAUCCUGUUCGCCUUCGAGUCCGCAAAAGAGGAGUUCGCCUUCACCAAUGAGGCGUUGAUAAUGACGUUGGGCGAAAACGCCACCACCACGCGGAAACUCGUGCAGCGCGCCACAUAUCGAGACUGUCCAAUCUCAGCCGUGCUGUUCGAGACCACGGGGCGAGUGGAUCGCGACUGCGAGAUCAAGUUCAGAAUUGGCGAAUACGACGUGUCCAUCGACAUCGCUCGUAAGGAAGAAGAAUUCGUUAAAGGUUUCUACAAGACACUAUUACUCCUCGCUCGAGAGCAAAAGUCCCGUGCUCGCAGCUGGGGACAGGCCGAGAAAGGUUUGGACGACGCAGCAGACAGCUUGAAGAUCAUGGCAGGCCACGACCUCGUGUCACAAGCGUCAGGAGCUGCAGCAUGGCUUGAAGACGCCUUCCAACAACGCAACCCGCGUUGCUACCGCGAAGUUAUCACUAGUGCUAUGGCCCAGACGGUCGCAGAAGGCAAGAAGUAA